UUCCCCGAGCAGGUCUCGGUGCUCUAUUUCGCCAGGAGCGCGGAGCUGGCGGGGCUGCGCUGCGAGACCCUCUCGGUGCCACGGCAGAUCACCUCUCUGCAGCUCUGGGAGGAGAUCGUCAAGGUUCACCCAAGGCUUGCUGUCAUCCAGGAUCAAGUGGUUUUUGCUGUUCGGCAGGAGUACGUGCUUCUUGGAGAUCAGCUCCUGGUCCUGCAGCCUGGAGACGAGGUUGCCAUCAUCCCACCAAUUAGUGGAGGCUGAAUCUGCCCAGGUUCUGUUAGGUCCAGACAUGUGAUUGCAGUUCUCUCCCUCCACCCCGUUACUCUUUUGGGAGAGCAUAACUUGCAUUUCCUUCUGUUUGGUUUCAGCUUUUCUAGUGAGCUAUGGAUGAAAGCAAAGAUGUGCCAAGAGAUUUUAUCAAGCUCAAGUCUGAAAAGCUGUCUGUAGAUGAAGUAUCAGAACUGGUUAUUUCACCAUCCUGUGGGGCAGUGUCUCUGUUCAUUGGUACUACAAGAAAUAAUUUUGAAGGGAAAAAAGUGAUUCACUUAGAAUAUGAAGCAUAUACUUCAAUGGCAGAGACUGAAAUAAAGAAAAUCUGCAGAGAUGUCAGACAGAAAUGGCCGUCAGUCAAACAUAUUGCAGUGCACCAUAGACUUGGUGUGGUUCCAAUAACUGAAGCAAGUGUAAUUAUUGCAGUCUCCUCUCCACAUAGAGCAGAAUCCCUUGAAGCUGUAAUGUACUGCAUCGAUACCUUGAAAGCAUCUGUUCCAAUAUGGAAAAAGGAGAUUUAUGAGGACGAAUACUC